ACCUGUUUUUUGUCUUGCAGGUUACACCAUGGAGAGGUCCAAGCGGUCUGCGAAGGUCCCACGAAGAUUGUUGGAAGAAGAGGAUGUCCCUGCAAAGAAGAAGAAGAGUGUGGUUACUGAUAGUGGUGAAAUGUCUCUGCCUGUGUCUGUAAUCCCUGUUUCUGAACUUGCUGGUUCUGGGCCUGUGUCUGUGGGCUCUUCUUUUCCUACCCCCUUUAGCCCUGUAUAUUCUAUCUCUCUACCUGUUUCUUCCUCUGCUGUUUUUACAGCUCCUACUCUUUUCCCUAACGUUUCUGUGUCCUCUGCUUCCCCUCUUGCUUCCUCUCAUGCCUCUGUUUCUUUUCCCUCUUCCGUUAUCUUCUCUGUCCCUAGUGUGGCCACGCUUUCCCUAGCUAGCACUUCUCUGGCCGGGGGGUUGGUGGGGCAGCCGGUUCCUCACCGGAACCCGGCUGUAGCUCCCCAAUCUGUGGCUGAUGUGUUGUUGUACUCCCCGGAGAUGCGUUUUUCCCCGGGGAGCAGGAGCGCAUCGCCAUCGCCCCCCUUUGUCUCUGGGCAGAGGGGGAUGGUGGGUAGGCCUCAGGCGCCAUGCGGUGCAGAGCCUCGUGGGGAGUCUGUAGCAUUGGAGCCUCAGUUGCGCGCGCCCGCUCUAGCUCCGCCCACCGCACGUCCGGUCGCCAUCUUGGGACCCCCUGCGCAGUCAAUUCAGAUUGCGGCGAUGGAGGGAGCUGGAGCGGUCGCGGGUGGUUCUGUGCCCUUGGGACAUCAGGUGCCUGCGGGCGGCUUGUUACAGGUAGGUGGAGCCGCAAGGGGGAACGGGAGGGCCGGGGGGCCAGUCACUCGCGGGGCAAAGGGAAACAAGAAGGGGAUGAAUGAUAAUACUAAUAAAGGCAGAAAUAAGCCUAAUAGGAAAUCUGAUAGGAUUCAGGCAGCAAAUAAAGGGCCAUUAGGGCCAGUUUGUACUCCGGUACAUGUGAGAUCUGUUAGAAAAGCGGGGCAUAUGGAUUUAAUGGCAAGUUUAAGAAAAAGGCUCAUAUCAAGGCAUCUGUCAGGGGGGCAGUCUGCAGGAUCUGGGGGGUUAGGAGGUGCGACUGGGGGGCUCCCUGGGCAGCCUGUUUCUCCCUGUGUUGCUCCCACUUUUCAUUUUGUACAACAGGUUGCUGUUCGUGAAGCGCAGGAGAUUGGAGUUGCUGGUGGCAGUGCGGCGCAAGGCGGACAGAGAGCUGAGGUAGUCUCAUCAGCAGGAGAGAAGGUGGUGGAAGGUUCCUCUGGAUCCACACAGGCCGGGACAGUAGCGGCAUCAGGAAAUGCAUAUGUGACCGUGUAUGGAGAGAUGCUGACUUCACCUCUUGUUUACGCAGAAGAAAGGCUUCCACGCUGUCACUAGAUGAUUCUCAUUACAAUGGCACCAUGAUGACGGUUUACAGAUUACAGAGAACCUAACGCCUUUCUGCAGCUAUUGAAUAAUUGGAACACAACUUGUGACUUUAGCCCAGUGACAUUAAGCUAGGUUCUGUCAUAGCUGUCUCUUUAAAGAUGAACAAUUAAACUUAUAUACACACACGGUGCGCACAGGGAAAAAAGUGAUUAUGGCAGAAGUGCAGCAUUUUUCUUCGAAUAUCUUGAACGAUAAACAUGGAUGUAAUUUGGAUUUGACCUCUGGCUGCUAUUUUAAGUGUUGUGUUGCUGUGUGUCAAUAAAGCUUUGACUUCUCUUA